CCAAAGUAACCAAGCAGCACUCGCUCGUCGUGAUGUACCGUCUGGUGUCACCUCUGCAGCGCCGUGUCGUAGCAUCCGCGGUCUUGCUGGCUGCUGCCGGCACCUACUCCACCACGAGCAACAAGAGCCCGGUGUUCCACCCCGACAGCCACAACAAGGACAAGAACGGCGUGUUCAAGUAUGUCAAGCCGAUCGAAUGCGACGACGGCCACGUGAUCGUGCCAUGGGAAGUGCCCGACCGAGCGCUCCAGCUGCAAAAACUCAAAUCCAAGGACGUCUUCGACGUGGUGGUCAUUGGCGGCGGGGCCACGGGUGCUGGCUGCGCGCUGGACGCGGCCACCCGCGGCAUGAAAGUCGCAAUGGUCGAACGCAGCGACUUCGGUGCCGGCACGUCCGGCCGCUCAACCAAAUUGAUCCAUGGCGGCAUUCGAUACCUGGAAACUGCCUUCAUGAAGCUCGACAUUGCCGCGUAUAAGCUGGUUUUGGAAGCCCUUGAAGAACGCAAGCACAUGUUGGCGGCGGCACCGUACAUGAAUCGAGCGCUCCCUAUCAUGAUUCCCAUCUACACGUGGUGGGAAAUUCCCUACAUGUGGGUCGGUGCCAAGAUGUACGAUCUGGUGGCCGGCCACGACCGGUCGGUACCCGGCAGCUACUUUAUCGACUCGGACGAAGCCUUGUAUCAGUACCCGAACUUGAAGAAGGAUGGCCUCAAAGGCGCGAUUGUCUACUACGACGGGCAAAUGAAUGAUACCCGCAUGAAUCUGUCGCUGGUACUCACGGCCGUCCAGAGCGGCGCCACCGUCAGCAACUACGUCCAAGUAUUGUCCAUCUUGAAAGACGAACAUGGACGUGCGAGCGGCGUGCAUGUUAAGGACGCCAACACGGGCGAUGAGUGGGACAUUCAUGCCAAAGCAGUGAUCAACGCUACGGGGCCGUUCACAGACGGCAUCCGUGAGAUGGACGACCCAGCCGCCGACAAGAUCUGCGUGCCUGCCGCGGGGGUGCACGUCGUACUUCCCGACCACUUUAGCCCAAACCGGAUGGGGCUGAUCGUCCCCAAGACAACCGACGGUCGUGUAUUGUUUUACCUGCCGUGGGAAAACGGCACGUUGGCCGGCACGACCGACUCGGAGUCGAACAUUACGAUGCUGCCAUCGCCGACAAAGGCCGAGAUCCAAUUCAUCCUGAACGAGUCCAAUCGGUACCUGAACGCGACGGUCACGGAGGCCGACAUCCGGUCGUCGUGGAGCGGCAUUCGGCCGCUAGUCAAGGACCCGCGGCACUCGAACACGGCGCAGAUUAGCCGCGAGCACGUGCUGGACGUGUCUGCGUCCAACAUGGUGACCAUCGCCGGCGGCAAGUGGACAACAUAUCGCCGCAUGGCCCAGGACACAAUCGACAAGGUCCAGCAGUUACGCCCGGAUCUGUCGCAGGCUGCGUGCCGGACGCGCAUGAUGCAGCUGGUCGGCGCCGACCGCAUCGGCGAAGUGUGCAACCAAAAGUUUGACCGGAUUACAAUCACCCUCCGUGAAAAGUACCACAUGGACAAGGACAUUGCCGAGCACUUGACGAAAAACUACGGCACGCGCGCGCUCCAGCUGGGCGAGCUCGAGUCGACGGGGUUUCUGCACCGCAAGGCGGGCGACCACCCCAAGCGCCUGCACCCCAAGUACCCGUACGUCGAGUCGGAAGUGAUCUUUGCCGUCCAGCAGGAGUACGCGGUUCGCGCUGUGGACGUGCUCGCGCGCCGCACCCGCCUCGCGUUUGUGGAUGCCGUCGCGUCCGAUCAAGUGAUGGACAAAGUGAUUGGCAUGAUGGCGCAGCUGCUCCAGUGGGACAAGAAGCGGUGCGCUGCCGAGAAACAAGAGGCCACGGAGUUCUUGGCCACCAUGCACAUCAAGUAGAAUCGCGAGUUGACAUGUGAAAUUAAUAUGAUGGUUUGGACCAAGA